UUUCAGCGCGUUUCCAUCACAAACGGCUUCACGUGUCCGAGCGGCGCAGUAAAACCAUAGCAAUGCGGUAAAUGACACGGCUCGCGACAAAAGGCGAGCACGAGCGUAAAGAAAACGGGGACAUUUGGAGCAGAUGCCCCCUAGUAAAGAAGGGAUUUUACCCUCCGAGGACCAUGAUUGGCUUAGUUUGCGCAGCGCGUCAUGCGGCCCCGCCGGGGAUGGGCAGCGGCACGCGGGCGGAACGGUGUAAACGGUGUAAACGGUGUCAAGGCCUCCUUUGUCUUUGAUCACCGUGGCUCGUUUUGUCAUCGAGAGGCUUUUAAAAUGUAAAUUCGACCUCCGUGAGGGUUCGCGUCGCGCGCGCGGGCGCGCGCCACCGGCAUGAUAAAACGGAGCGACACGGCGCGUCGGAGCAGAGCGGCGCGUCCGACUCCGUCUUUCUGGAAAUUUCCCCGGGAAAGUUGGACGCGGCUUCGCAGAAGGGCACGAGUCAGCAUGCAGGCCGAGAAGGUGCCAGAAGUUACAAAAACCGCCUUUUACAUCGCAGACAUUUUAGAUCCUGCUAAAUUUAACGGCAGACAAAGUGGAACCAGGAGUCGAGGCCCUUUUUCGGCACAACAGUGUGGCGCAGAAGCAGAAGGGAGGCAGGAGCGCGAGGAGAAGGGCAGCUGUCCCGAUUCGAGCCCACAGCAGGCCCACGCGAGCCCGUCGGGUCGAACCCGUGAGCAGUCGCGGUGCCGGAACCGCCGGCGCAUCCGGACCGCCUUCACCCUGGAGCAGCUGCGCGUGCUGGAGAGCAGCUUCCGGAACAGCCGCUACCUGUCGGUGCUGGAGCGCUACGGCAUCGCCGCGGCUCUGCGGCUCUCCGAGACCCAGGUCAAGAUCUGGUUCCAGAACCGGCGGACCAAGUGGAAGAAGGAGCGCGGGAGCAGCGCGGCUGAGGAGCGCGACCACAGCGCACCCCGCGCGGCCCCGCCUCCCCAGCGCGUGCCCGCGCAUCAUCAUCAUUCUUCUUCUUCUUAUUAUUAUUAUCGUUAUUAUUACCACCCGGGGCCUUCGUGGGAGGGGCCAGUGUCGCCGUGUUCGCUCGUGGGCGGAGCUCUUGGGCGCCGCGUGUUUUGAAAGGCUGCGGUCCGCUGCGAAGGUGUCGCGAGGCGCGCGCGCGCGCGGUGAACUCGGUGCGUCUCUCUAAAUUAUUCUUGUUCUCGCGCUAACGGGGAGGCAGAUGUGUAUCUGUAUUUAGAUAUUAAUAUAAAUGUCAUUACGAGCCAUUCUAUUUAUGAGCCUUUACCUUCUGUUCCUGUUUUUAUUUCAUCAUUAAGUGUCUGCGUGUGUGAAGCUUCAUUAGGCAAAAAUGAGGAGGUCCGUGUUCACGUGCAGUGGGGCCUUUUCUCCUGCCCUGGGGGGGGGAGAACAGAACAGGACAGGACAGAAGAGCACAUCUGGGGAAAUCCAUAGUAUUUUUCUAUUAAAAUGUAUAUUU